AAACAUUCUGCUUUCCAUUUUGUUUGGAAAAUAAAAAUAAAUUUCCGGUUUAAGAAUCAACUAUAUGAAAGAAAAGUCUCCAAAAGUCAAUGAUUAAAGCUUAAAGCUGCAAAUAUACACCUCAAUCGCAUCCCUAUUCUCGUAUCAUUUUAUUACACUGAAUAAUUGAAAUCUGCCUUCAAAGAACAUCAAACUCAAAAAUCAGCUGGAACUGGUGAGUUUGCGAUUUAGUAUCCUCCACCAUAACCAUAAAAAUCCACCAUUCACAUGUAGACUUCCACAAAUGUCAUAUUCGUCGUCUUCUUCGCAUAUACUCUGACUCUCGCACCUAUAAGAACCCAAGGGUCAGCUUGAAAGUUCUUAGUUUCCUAACAAUUUUCACACAAUUUUUACAAAAAGCCAAAAGUUGCGGUCGACCAGAACGUUGUUUUUGCUAUUUUGUAUACCACAUAAAUAUUUAGUUUUCCCUUUUGUCUUUGUCUAUCUGUACAUAUAAAUACAUAUACAACUUCCUGUGCAAUUGUUGAAAGAGUUGAAGACUUUUCCAAAUCAAAUCUCUUCGAAAGGUUUUUAUUUUUUUUUUUUUUUUUUAUCGAUGUGUGAUAAAGUGUUAAAAAGUUCCAAGUGAUUGAAAAAGAAAAUCCUUGCUAGUUGAAGUUCCAAUUGAUUUGCGAGAAGAUUGAGUGAAGAAUAUAAGAAAAUAAAAGAAAAAUCAUGCUCGUCCUUUGGGGCUGAAUGUCCUUACCACACAAGUGCGCUUUAUUCUGUGAAUAAAUCAUUGUGCUAAGAAACGAGUCCCGGAAAUAAGUGUUUUAUUUUUCGUUCUUUCCGUUCUUUCAAUAUAAUUCUCUCAAUGUUUGUGAGUUCGUAGUUAUUUGGAGCGCAACAUGACGGUGGACAUAACAUCGAGGAGCUUGAUUGGGGGUGGCAUAGCUGCGGCUACAAAUGGCCGCAGUAUAUCGGGCGGUAUAUCGGGAGGCACCAGCAGUGGUGGGGUGCCCAAUCCCACUGGGGGUUGCAACACAGCACUGCUGCAGAAGCAAAUGUCAUUCAAGAGCAGUGUUGGUGCUGCAGGACAAACAUCAAAGACCGACGAAAUCGAAGUAAUCGAAAGUGGCAACGCCGAUGGAGCUCACGCGCGAUAUCGCAAGAAUGCUACCCUUGGUUGGAUCUGCUGUGCCCCCUGCAUAUGGUUGCGCACGUCGGCGACCGUUCACAAAAUAGCCAUAACAACAGCCACACUUUUGGUAACAUCACUUCUAGUUGCUUCACCGAUAUUAUUUUUAAUUAGCACAGCACCGUCACAACUUCCAAGAGAUUGUUAUUCAGACGAUGAAGACUGCAUGCCAACAAUGGCACCACCACCCGAAUGCCAUGAGCCCGCCUGUCGUUUUGCCGCAUCGAGUAUUCAAGCCAAAUUAAACUGGAAUCUAGAUCCGUGUAAGGAUUUCAAAGAGUUCAGCUGUUCAACAACUCAAGUGGCCAGUUUGAGAGCCACACGAAGUGCUCAGGAAUCUGUGGAUAUUCAAAUGCAACAACUCCUUCAACACAAUACGACUUCUGGGCCGUUUCGUAAAUUAGGACGACUGUAUGGCAGUUGUCUUCGCCAGACAACUAACUCAUCAACGAUUCAACUUGUGCUUGAGCACCUUGGUGGAUAUCUGCCGAUUGGAGCUCUCGGUCCGUCGUCAAUAGCCCCAUUGAUAUCGAAAAUCUACGAAAUGGGUCCGACGCCUCUCAUUGACAUCUACUAUGACCUGAGUUAUGGUCGGCGACCGCAUGUUUUGUUGAUUAUUGGAGAUCCUGCAACUUCAGCUCCCAUUCUAGAAAACAAAAUCCGAUGGAUGGGUCCAAAAGCCCCACCGUAUCGAUUGAAACUGUCAGCGCCGAGGCUGUUAAGUGAUGUUCUGGAUAGUUUCCUACCAUCAGGCCUGAGCUAUGACCAGAAGAUGUCGGAGAAGGAGGCCAUCACAACAUUCAUUGAACAGCUCAAUAAGAUUCGUGUUGAACACUCGAGAAGGGGAUUUUGGAAUAGUUCUGUCCUGUACAAUGUGUCAUCACUUCAGGAGAAGUAUCCUCUCCUUAACUGGACAGCUCUGAUACCAAGCAAUUGGACAGGACCGAUAGUAGUUCGAAAUUCGGAUUACCUAAAAUCUGUUGAAAUGCUUUUAACAAAAUAUCCCACCAGAGUAUCACAUAACUCAAUAUUAUUAUUAUUCGCUCUUGGUAUACUGCCACAAGGAUAUCCAGAUCCAGCUGUUUGCACUAGAGCAACAAUGUGGGCCUUGCCAGAAAUAACAUCAGCACUCUUUAUAGCUCAGCAUUCGUCAGAAGAUUUAAAGGAAGUCAUAAGAAGGACGGAAGUUGUUUUUAGAUCACUCAAAGCUCAUUUAAAACGAGCGCCGUCCCUUAAGGGGGCGGCUUUAGUCAAACUAUCUGCCUUGAAGAUCCAAACAAAUCCUUGGGAGGGUUUUACGAAUUUUACAGCGAUGAUUAAACAACUAGAAUCAAUUGAAAUCACUUCGGAUAAUUGGUUUGAGAAUAUUCUGAAAAUCUACAAACGUAAUAAAAUUAUUCCCGACUCUGUGGCACUUGAUGUGGAUUCACACGAUGCUUGGGCGUAUCCUAUUGUGGCCAAAAUAUUUUAUGAUACUUUAAGUCAUUCAAUUGUUGUCCCACUUUCUGUGAUCCUGGUGCCAUAUUUUGACGGAAGACUUCCGCCAUACAUGCAAUACGCCUCAGUUGGUGUUGCCAUAGCUAAAGAGAUCCUCCGAUCGAUAACCAAAACAUUCGAAGAGAAAGCAAUGCGUUGCGUUCCAAAAUCCGUCAACAUCUUCUCCAACUACAGUCGCAUGGACAUUCUGAUUCAUUCGGGUGGAAUGCAGAUCUCCUAUCAUUCAAUGCUUUCCCUGACAGGUCCCAUCAAAGGAAUGGCACGACUUCCAGGCUUAAAUCUCACUCCAACGCAAAUAUUCUUCUUGGUCUCAGCUCAGGAAUUAUGUGCAGAGUCUAUGUAUGUUGGAAUAGAUACCGACUCUGGAGAGUUUGGAAAUAUAUUAGGAUGGCUAGUUGCUCAAGGUGGAAGUGCCACGGAGGUCUUCAAAUGUCCAAGUGGAUCAAUGAUUAAUGCUCAAAAAACAUGUAAUGUUUUAUAAGAUGAUGACCAGAAAUUAUAAAACAAAAACUAACGUCACUCUCUCUCUCAAAACCCGUCUAACAGUCUUCAGUAGUUUUGUGCACACUUCUUUUAUAAAAUUUUUCAAUCUUCCAAGUUAGACAAAAACACAACACUUAAAGAAAGGGUAUUUUCCAUUAUAGCAAAACAAUAAUUAUGUAAACUUAUUCUUACCACACAUUAUCGAGACCAAAAGCAACCAUUAAUUUUGUAGAUAUGAACAAAAUUGAAGAAAUUGUUAAAAAUAUUAAAAAAAAAAAACAAAAGUAUAUAUAUAUUUUUUCUUAGGCACUGACAUAUAUUGUAUACUAUUUGUAGAAACUAUUGUAGUUCCGAGAAUGUCUUAAAACUAAACAAAAAAAGUUGUUAAAAAUCUAACCUCUUACUCUCAACUUGUCAAUUAUUAUUAAACACUAAACAUCUUCAAAUUGUCUAAUAGUUCGAAAAAACUAUGUAAAUAUUCAAAAUUGUACUGACAAACAGCUCAUUCAUAUGUACCAAAAAUUAACUGAUAAUAUUUAUUGUUUAAAAUGGUUUGCAAGAAAAUUUUAAAGUGAGGCAGUUCUUAAAUUUUAGGGGAAAAUUUUAUUUAAGUUAGAAGUUAGAAGAUUUUCAGAAUGGUGUUUAUUAAGUUGUGAAACAUUUAUAUUUUUAAUUAAAAGCGGGUUAAGUAGUUUACAAAAAUAUUAAGCUGUAGUUAAUCUUCUUCUGAUUUCACGUUUCACGAGGGCCCCACUAUAGGCAUUUUUAUAACAAACCGACUAUUCUGAUUCUUUUUUUAAAUUUGAAAUUUUAUUCUUAAAACAACAAAUUAACAUUUUCAUGAAAUUAUUUGUGAUGUGAAACAUAAAAUCGCUUCAAAUACUUUUAUUACAGAAAAUAGUUCCAACUUUCUGGUCAAAUAUCAAGUAGUUCUAGAAAUGAUUGUAUUUUAUGAACAGUACCUUAUUAAAAUGCUUAGGGGCAUAUUAUCUAACGUUUCUAUUAAAAAUGAAUCUAGUACCAUUUAUAAUUAAGUCAGGAAGACUGAAACAGGUCUUUAAAUAAUCUUCUGAUAGGCUUGUUCAGGAAUACUCGUACGAGUAUGACGUUAAUCAUCUUUUUCGUUUUAUUAUAGUUCAACAUUUUUGUAAAGCAUAUAUUUGCAAGCUCUUCGCUUUGUCUAGUAUAAAACCCCUAACUUACUUACCAAGCAGUUAAGCAGAGCAGUUCACACAGUCCUGUGUGAACUAGGGCCUCACCCAAAAACUCCUCUAACUAUCUCUUUCCCUUGCUAAACGCCAGUUCUACACUCCAAGUUGGGUGAGGUCACUUUCCAGUUGUGGAUUCAAACAAUUUCUGAGCCGGAGCAUUUGUUUCCAUGCGCUCUUGGUGACCCGUUGGACUUUUAUCCUUCUGGCAAAGUCUACGUCGCUGUACAACUCAAACCUUUUCCUCCACUCACCUUCUAUUCAUACGGGACAGUAGAUCACACGAAGAACUUUUCUCUCGAAACGACCAAAAGUGCUUUUAUCGGUCUUUGUCAUAGUUCAUGCUUCAGCACCGUAUAGCAAGACAGGGAUGAUUAGGGUCUUAUGUGGUGACGUUUUGACCGAGACGUUAACUUUUUAACCCAUUUUAUCAAGACUUACAAAAGCCCCAAUUGACAUCACGCUAAGUUCUUCUGAUUAUGUCAAUAUCAUCUGCAUACCUAUGCUAUUAAUUGGACAGACUUUUGAAAGAGGAUGCAUCUAGUGUUGACGUUGAAGCUCUGUAUUAUUCUUCCAAGUACAAUUUUAAAGAAAUCGCAUGACAGCGCGUCACCUUGUCUAAAAGAAUUUUUUGACAUCGAAAGGUUCUGUUAAGUGCUUUCCAACUUUUAUGGAGCAAUGCGAAUUCUCAAUGGUUACAAGUAAUAUAAACAAACGAACAAGUUUGGCAGUAAUGAAAAAAAAAUAUAAAUUCUCUUACAGCUAGCCACUAUAGAAGCUGUCAUAUGCGGUCCUUAAAUCGAUGAAAAGAUGGUGAGUGUCGGUUUGAUGUUCUUUGGGUUUUUGUGGGAACUGCCGUAAUGUGAAUAUUUGACCAACUGCAGACUUUCCUGGUCUAAAACCAAACAUAUAAGGACUUAUAGGCUUGUUGAUGAUGGGCUUAAGAAAAAAACUUUGAGAAGCUUUGUAAAAACUUCAGAAGAUCAAUUCUACGGAAGAGCGUAUUGUGUAUCUUAGAGCGCAAUUGUAUAAAAAUGUGGCGCUAUCACACAGAAAGGCUUUACAAUUAUAAGAUUUUUCAAGCGCUAGGUAGGUAGGGUAGAUAGAGAUGUCAGUCACAGGCAGCUUUCUCUGUAAGGCUCAACUAGAGCUGGAAAGCACCGUUUUGAUACCAUAAACUCCUUAGAAUUAUGUAUGAAAAAAAGAUUUCGUUGCGUUUAGAAAGGAGAUCAGGUUUUUGAUUUUCAUCUUGGAAAGUUCAUCAUGAUCCUAAGGGAACAUGAACACACUUCCAAAGCUCUUCUAGACCAGGGUAGGCCAUUUACAGAGAAACCGAAUCACUGUUAUCCUUUCAUUUGGUCUCCUCAGCUAUACGUUAGUUAGUAUUGUGAGAGUUCUCUCCUUUAUCCCAUGGCCGGAACAUAUUGAAUUAUUCCAUAAAAGUUCGAUAGAAUGGUUUUUGUUAUAUUUAGGCCAUAUCUUCCUGGAUAUAGUACAGUGUCUCUUCCCUGAUAGGCUUUCCCAUCUCCAACAUUUAUCAGGUCGGAAGGAGGUGCUUUGUAUUUGUAAAGUUCGUCUAAAGAACUUUAUGUUCAAAGUUAGCCUCAAAAACAGGAACCGGGAAUGACGUUCAUUUAUGUAUAAGCAAACAUAAGUAUUCCGUUGCAUUUAAAUAAAUAUCUUUACUUUGUUGUUGGUCAAAUUAGCAAUACAAGUUUAAAUAAAUAAUCAAGGUGUUCAAAGGAAUAUAUUUUUGUAUUGCUGAAGAAACCAUAAACGAAAAAGUUCUUUCUUUCCGUUUUUCAGUACGCUGCUGAACAACGAAAUGUGUGAUUUUAGUUGAUAGCUGUACUAGAUUUCUUAGUACAUUUCUGCACUCUUUUCGUUCUCAAUUUAAUUGACCGGAAUCUUAAUUGCUUGCGAAAUUUUAACGUUUAAUUUUUUUUAUUGAAAAAAAUUGUUAACUAGUGACUUUCGUUGUUUUGCUUUGUUUUAAAAUUUUAAAUAAAGUGGAUUUGUCUAAUGUGUUCCAACAAUACUUUUCUGAAUUGGAAACUCAGGAUGUUGAAGAUGUUAUUGGUGAUGUGCAAGAAGUUAUAAAGACGAGCAGUGAACUUCAACUUCCAAAAAAUAAACCGUAUUUAUAAAUGUAUUUCGCUUCGGAGGAAAAAAAGAAACUUGCUUCGUUGGUCGAAGCCAGUAAAGCUAUUUGGAAGCUGAAGUAUAGGCUUCACAAAAAUAAUUCAGCCGUUGCGAGCCUCUGGAGUAAUAAAGCUGCAGAAAUGAAAAAACUAUGUACUAACUGCUCAACAAAAUGUUAAUAAAUAGAAUUCUUUUACACUUUGUUUACCAGCAAUUGACUGUCAGAACUUGUCAAUUGUUUUUGACAGCUGACAGAACUCUCCAUAAAAAUUUGUUUCACUUCAGCUGCGUACUAGGCUUUAAAGUCAAAAUAAAAAAUAGAACGAUUUACACUUCAUCAAAGAAAAUUGAUCAAAUUCAUUUCGAAAAUUGAGCUACGUACCAAAAAUGGAACGAUACAACUCGAAUUUUGCAAACAAAGUUUUCUGACCUUGUUAAUUCAUGAUAAGUUGAUACAAAAUCUUGUGAUUUAAUACCUUUAGGCAUUUUUCUUUGAGGUUAUGUGAAGAAAUGAUAAUGCUCCAUAUUCAAUUCAAGACAAUAUUCGUGAAAUUCUUGGGGAAAUUGCUGCUUUUGAUAAUUGAAAAUAAACAUUUGUAUAUUUAUUAAAUGCUUUUAUUAAUACCACUUUUCUCUGGUUCUCGAAGACAAUCUUCCUCUCGCAUAAUUAGGGUUCCACUUCUUGUUUUGAAAUAAAACCGAAAUGCUUUAUAUUUUUAGUGCAUUUGGUAUUUGACCUUAGGACCUAUUGCGUCAACAAAUUAUUUAAUAUAGUGCCACAAAACAAACAAAUCUUCGUUGUCCAAAAAUCUUUACAAAGGUUCCGCCAAAUAACUUCUUUUUUUUUUCAAAAUACUAUAAAAAAAACUGCUGAAUAUUUUCUCAAAUUCCUUUUUUUAUUUGAAAGUACAAUUCUUCCGGUUAAUAAUGGAAAAUGAGUUCAUUCAAUUGGCUGGCCAUGUUGUAGCCUACACGAUCGGUCCAAUUUUUAAGCACAUUAUCGAUUGUGUGCAGCUGUAUUUCACCAUUGGCUUCACGAAUAUUGUCCUUUAAACCGUCAAUUGUCUCUGGCUUGGCGGAGUUACACUUUUCUCUUACGGCACCCCACAAAUAAAAGUCAAACGGUGUCGAAUUGCAGCUCCGAGGUGUCCAAACUCAUUGGAUGGUCAGAUGGCUUGAACUCCUGAACCAAUUGGGCUUUGUAUGGCGUCAUACCAUGGUCUUAAUUCGUCUCAAUGAUGUCUCCGAAAUGUUCAAUUGUUGAGAACGACGCGACGGUAAAUUGAUGUUGAAGGCGCUUCACGCACAUUUUCUACCACAGCAGCAAUACUCUCGGGUGAACGCACUGUUUUUGGCUUUUCACGCUUUUGGAUGCCAGUUUCUUUCACCUUUUUUGCAAGAUAACAAACAAACGGAGCUGACGGUGCUUCUCUUCUUCCAAAAUCUAAACGAAAUUUUCGCACACAUUCUGCAACAUUACCAUGAUUUUCAAAGUAGUGUCGCAAUAUUUCCAGCGUUCUUCAAGACACUAACAAUUCGUUCAGCGGAAGGAUAAAACUAAUUAUCUUUCAAAUCAGACAUGAGCUAAGUGUUAACAUUUAUGAAAUAAGCACUAGUUAAAAAAUACGUUAGAUGGCAGAGGAACUCAGUUCCAUUUAAUUAAGUUGUAAAAUUCGUAGAACUCAAAAACGACUUAAAACCGAUUUUUACAGAUAUGAUAAGACGUAAAAAAUGCUCGGGUUGUCUAGAUCGACUUUUUAAUUUAUUUUACAACUUCGUCAAGAAAUCGGCCGUAAGAGAAAACAUGCAUUAUAGCUUAUAGCUUCAGUGCGAGAACAUUUUUUAAUAAUGUAACAAUGUUUGUACCCGUGGAAUCAUGGUAAGUGCGUUGGACUGUCAUGCUAUAGAGGUCUAGGGUUCAAUCCGUGCCUGUGCCAUCUAAAGGUUUUUCACGGGUACUGCCUCUUGCGAGGAAUUGACAAAUCAAGAGUAAUUCUUGUCAUGAAAAGUGCUUUCUCAAAUUAGAACCUGAAAAACAUUACUCGCACACAGGGAUGGUUGAGAGUUGUAAGUCACUAGGCCUUAGUUCUCAACGGACAGUUGCACCACCUAAUUUUUAAAGUGACAUCUUUAGUUAUUAGAUUAUUUUGGAACACUGUUGCCCAGCGAGAUAUGGUCUUACUAAUUAAUAUGAACGAAUUCCUACGUAUAAAAGCUUUCCAAGUUUCCAACAGUUUUCUAAAUGUGCCAUACUUAAGAGCUAAGUUAAAAUAGUUUAGAGGGUUAUUGCGCAUAUGUUAUUGUGCAUUUCACUCAGAAAUGUUGGAAACUGUGUUGAAACUUAGCUUUUUUUUCCAAAAAUAAUAUAUUCUAUUCUUGGCGGCAUUUCUAUAAAUGCGAAGAACGCUAAAAAAUGAAAAUAUUUAUCAGAAAAAUGUGAUCUUUUUUCGUGGGAAAAUAAAACGGAAUCUGAUAUGAAGAAUUGUAUGACUCAAUUUGCGGGCGUCUUUUAUUACUAUCUUUAUCAGUCUGCUUCCUGGCAGAUUACAGCUGAAGCUAGAAGAGAAAUUCUAACAAAAUUCAGUUUUGCCUGAACCUUUUAAAAAUAUUUAAAGCAGUUAACAAAACUUAAAAGUACACGAGAAAAGUGUUUGAUUCUUGAAUCUAAGGAAAAAGGUUCAUUUAACAUAUAUUUUUACUUAAACGUUAAAUAAAAACAAAUUAUGGUAAAGAAAUAAGUUGGGAAGAAACUUUAGUGUUUCACUCACAAUUUACACGUUGCAGAAUGUCUUUUCAAUUCAGUUCUCGAAAGAUUCAAAGCUUUUAUAUAAAAUUAAUAGAUAUGGCACGUUAAUUAUGUUUUUCACUUUUCAACGAAAGUGUCACUUUUGCUGUUUUUGAGAAAUUUAUAUUCUUGAAAUUCGUGUUUAAAUCUCAGUUCUGGAGCAUUCAAGCAAACUCAAUUAAAAAAGUAGACUUGUUUUAAUUUUAAAGAUCUUUAAAGUUUUUGUAUUUAGUAAAAAAUCAAUUUUAACAGGAAAAAUAUAUUAAAAAAAGACUUACACUAUUUAUAUGCUUCAAAGAAAAUAAGAUUAAAUUGAAGACGCGUUUUAGGAAAUUAAAGGGGGUUUGACCUCUGCCACCACCUGCGACCCUUAAAAGUUUUAGAGACAAAGUUCUUGUCAAGAAAUUGGCCCUUUAACUUGCAAAAGUAAAUUUGUGUGUUAUUAUUUUAUUUUAAAAUGUAUGUUUGCUUUAACAUUUGAAACAAAAAUAUGUAUACGAAUCAUAAAAGAGAAAUGGUUUUAAAAACAGAAAUCCCCUAUAACGAUAACAUUCUUUAUUUAUAUGGCUCAAACGCCAUUACAGCUAAUUAGCUUUGAGCUCUAAUAAUGCAGAAUUUUAUAUUUUAUAGCCUUUUGAAUUGUUUGAAAAAGAGGUAAUAAAGAACUAUACUUGCUUUCAUAGUUUGCUUUCUUGCUAUUUAAUUCUAUUCAACUUGUGAAAACCCAAAGACAAUUGUAAUGACAUAUAGAACAAACCUUUUAAAAAUGUAAGCCC